CAUGUCGCUCCACGAGCUUCUGCUUUGUGUAAUAUGCCCAACUGACGAUAGGUCUUCCAAUCGUCAACAUUUCACUGUCAACAUUCGAUAUCAACAAUCUGACUCACGCAUCGACACUUGCGGUUAGAUCCGCUCGCAUAUCAGAUAGAAGCGGAUAAACAUUCGGGGCCGAGAGGGAGAGAAAGAGAGUGAAUAUGUGAGUGAGUGAGAGAGAGAAAGGACGAGAAAAAAGCGGGAAAGCGAGUAACACGAACAGACCUAAUCCGUCACAUGUCUUCAGACGGCGCGAAGUAUAUCUCGCGUUAUCGACGGGACGGCGGCCGUGAUAGCGGCCAUUUGCAUUCACAGGACGGGCUACUCCGUCCGAGAGGAAGAGAACUGUCGUGCUCGCGAGACGCGUCUAGCUUAUGAUCCUCGUCGUUUGAAAAAAAUGACGAGGUCGAGCAAUGACGUCGCCAAGUGUAUCUACGAGAAUACAAUUCAGGAGAACGAGAAGAGGUUGCGCGAGGCGCGAAUUAAGAGCCAGGGUAAAGGCCGAGCUAGACAAGACCUGAACAGAUUGUUCCGCAAACUCAAUCAAGCUGUCGACGAGUAUUCGGCGAGGAACUCAGAGAAAUUGAAUCUAUCGUGCUACAAUAGAAAUGUUACAAGUUGCUGGUAUGGCCCGAUCCCUGAAUUUCCACCUGGCUCUUGGUGGGGAAUACGUAUGGACUGCUCCAGAGAUGGUGUGCACAAUCCUUUCAAUGUCGAUGUGCAUGAGGGACCCUUUGGAGCUGCUUCCGUGUGUACCUCGCAUGCCAACAUGAACGAGGACGUGGAUCUUGGUGAUUUUCUCACGCUCACGGGCCAAGUGUAUCAUAAGGAGCAACCAAGUGCGGAUCCGCUCAUUCACAAUUACAAGAAUCAGAUACCACUGAGAUUAAUUCGUAGCUACAAUCUGCAGAACGAUAUAGCGCCUAACACAGGCUAUAGAUAUGACGGGCUCUACAUAGUUCUAGGCUACUGGAUAGGCGUGAACGCGGAUGGGACCAAGCACAACAAAUUUGUUCUGAUGCGUCUCGCCGACCAAGGGCCGCCAAGCUGGAGCAACGAAAGCUCCGAAGUCUCACUUUCCGCGCGACACACGUCCGCGAGAACGAACCAUCCGAAGCCGUGCGCCAGUUCCAACACAUACGACUUGCGGAAAUGUUCGCCCAACAGCGACGGCGCCUGUGGCAAGCGGAAAUUCAAUCGCGAAGCUCUGCCGGUCGCGAAGACGAUACCGUCGUUCGACACGAGGAAGUCCGUACCUGAGAGUUCCAUCGUCAUGCGCCAUGUCUUCAAGAAGCCGAGCCACGCGGAGAGCACAACCUGCUCAACCUCUGUACCUGAUCGAAAGACUUUAACGUGCCUUGGUACAUCAGCGACGAAGACUCACAGUACAAAUAUCUCAAUACGUAUGGGUCUGUACGAGUCAUCGCACAACGUGCAGGAAACGAAGAAGAGCGUCGCGACGAUGUUGCACAAGCCUUUUAAGCCAAUCGAUAUUGCCAACCGCGUGGCUUUGGAUAUAGACGCGCGCACGCCACUGAAGGAAGAUCCCAAGCCCGUUGCGAGGACAGACGCGGACGCUACAACAUGGGUGAAUCCUCAAGUGGUCGAGAAUGCGUCCUGCAACGGUCACGUCGCAGACGAACCCACCUGUCCUUUGAGCAAACGCAGGAAAGACGACUCGUGUUCUCACGACGUGCACCCAUCGAACUGCUCGCCAUACGCCGCGUCGUCGCCGUUGAGCGGUCACAAGAACGACGCGAACAAUAGCGUGUUUCGGGAACACUUGCGAGAUACUCGACAGACCGCGAACGCGUCAAUGCCUGUAUCGAGUCUCGCCAGUGAGCCACCGAAGAAGUCGGACGCAACGCGCGAGAAAAUCUCCACGCAUCACAACGCUGCAAAGCAAUCGAGUGAAUUGUUCCACACGCAGGACAUCAAGUCUUUGGAAUCUAUGACGCCGGACAAGAUCUUGAAUCUGAUCAACAGGGAGAAGCAUCAUCCUCUAUCGAUGAUGCUGAUCGGGAAUGUAAUAGGCCUGUCUACUGAGGAAUGCUCGAUGUUGAACGAAUCGAAAGUGACCGUCGCGGACACGACGUCGAAGAUCAGUCAUAAGCAACGGGACAACGCGAAGGAGAACGUCGCCUGUCUGUCCGAGGACAUCUUAAACAGACGAUACUGCAGAUAUCCGCGUUCCAAGAGGCUGUCGUGGAAGGUGUCGAAACAGGCGGACACGGGAAAACUCGACAAGGUGCUGCGUCGACAGUCCCGCAACGAUGUGGAUCAGAACUGUAACAGCAACGCUCGCAUGAAGAAUCCCAGCGAUAGAUCCAAGGAGAACGAGUACUUGUCUCCGUUUCAUGUGCAAUCUCCACUUCAGGCAAUCGCACAGCAUACACGCAGUGCGUACGCUGCAUUAGAUAAUAUAAAAACGCGGCUGCGGGCCGACAAAAGCGUGCUGACGAAGCAGGACUUCCCCAGCUCGCCGAUGAAGAAAAGCAGACUCAACAAGAAGGGAGACCGAGAAAUUGCCAACCUGUCGAUAGACGCGAAUAUUGGCCCGAAAACGCGCGGACCCAGGAACAGGAGGCUGCGAUGCAUCAAUAAUACGUACACAAACAAAAGAUGUUACAGCACUCUGAACACCAUAAUGUAUUCGCCAGGCAAGCGCAACAGGAUCACGGAGAAACAGCGUUACAAGUCGGGCUUCAAACGGAAGAGCAAGCCGACCAAAGUUGCCCGGCAACCUGCUCGCGACAGGCAGAGCAAGGACAGGUAUAGAGUGUCCAGCACCUUGCGCACGAGGAGUUCCACCACCGAGGAUGUGAAUAGCACUACUAAGGACGAGAGUUUCGAGACGACGAAGAACACCGACACCAACGACGAUCGCGAUUACAACGGUAGUAAUAACGUGGGCAACAGGAAGAAGGAGAGCAGAAGCGCGACGAUCAACGACACGAAUGAUUGUAACGUUCCUAAAACUUCCUUCGAUAGGAGUCUGCGGAAGAAGCUGGUACAAACAAUACCUUUGUCACGACGUACGUCGCAAACCUCGCGGUUGCAUUAUUUUCGCAAAAAACAGCAGGUGGAGAAGCCCAGCACAAUGGACGCAACAACGCAGUGUAGGCUGAUCUUCGAGGACCCGAUCGAGGGUGGCCUUGAGAGAAACCAGCAAACCGAAUACACGUCUUCCGGACGAUCGGCCGACCGCAGGGUCAAGCUGCAGCCGGAGUCUGUGCUCGACGUGGUGUGCAACGAUCAAGGCUCUCAGAUUUACGCGACGACGCUUCGCGUCGCCACCUCUGCAUUUACGGAAAGCGACGAAUGCCAUGCAAGCUCUUCGGCAUCGUUGCGCAAGAAGACCUCUCCGUUGACGGAGAAGUCGUUAAAGGGCAGAGCGUCGGCGUUUGUGCCGGUCAACACGUUUGAUAGCGACCUGCGGAUCGCGCGGCUCCGGUCGAUCGGCUUCAGACCCAUCAUCGAGCCGCGAUCGCCGUUCGACAAGUGGAUCGUCCAAAACGAGCGAGAGAAUCAGCUCGUGAGCUUGAGCAAGGUGACGAGACGGGACGUCGCCGAAGAGUACGAUAAGUAUACGAAUGAGGAUAAUAAUGUAGUCAUUUACAUGGACGACCAGUUGCAAUAUCAGGAUAUUGAAAAGGAGGAAGAGGAGGAGGAGGAGGAAGAGGAGGACGACGACGACGACGACGACGACGAUAACGACGACAACGACGAUGAUGAUGAUGGCGACAAGGAUGAGAGGAAAAACGCGUCAGUGAAAGAUGAAGAAGAUAAAGAGGAAGACGUACAAUCGUAUGUCGAUAAUAACGCACUGCCGGAAAUAUUAAUGUCGCUCGCAAACAUAGAAUCUCCUUGGCACGGUUGGAAGCAAAUCGUGACGAACAAUCGAUCAUAUUGGAUCGGCUGGUAGUGCAACUCCAUAAUCGAAGGUGCUUUCAUAAUUACGAGUAGAAAAAUGAAUCGUUUUAUCGAAAAAUGUGUACACAAUAUUAUAUCUUUAUUUUUCUUUUUUUCCUUUGCCAAAAAUUAAAGGCUGUUGAGAGUAACAUUCUAAAUUAUUCUUCUAACAGUAAUAAUAUGGUAUUCGAGUUGACUAACAUAUUUUAAGAAAGCAUUGAUAGAUUAUUAUUAUAUAUAUAUAAUUAAAAUGUUAUAUAUGUGUAUAUAUAUAUAUACAUACAUAUAUAUAUAUAUAUAUACACAUACACACACACACACAACAUACAUAUAAAUUAUUCUCUAUACAACAUAUACAUAUACGUGUGUAUAUGUAUGUGUGCAUGUAUAUUUUCUACAAAUCGAGGUAUUAUUAACAGAUGUUUUACGUGUAAAUAAAUAAUAUUCUAUGAAUAAUUGUCUUGUUUUUCUUACGAUGUGAUGUAAUAAGUAGGACAAUAAGACUUGUUCACCGUUUUGCAUAUCCUGUUCCUCGCGUUUGUUCUUAAACACGUUUUUUUAACGAGAUAUACGCGAGCAGUCUCGUAUGCUUUAUUAUAAAAUAGAACUUUACUCGUAAACCUCUGUCUUUCUUUCGAUUAUUAUCCUUUGUUGCGCUUUUAAAAAAAAUAUAAGGAUAUACACAGUUGUACACGUGAGACACCAAAUACCAAAUAUUUAUUCAUAUCUGACACAAUACUCAUCAAUUGUUUUUGCACUUUCUUGCUAGUGUUCGUUAUAUUCUUUCUUUUCUUUUAUAUUUAAAGGCUCCUAUCGGCGCAACGGAUGCUUCAAGGAGAAGUCCGCUCUGUAUCUUUUCUCAGAUAUAAUUCUCAAUGGUAUAUAUACACGUACGAAUUUCGUAAGACUAAGAAAGGAAUAAUUUCAUAGGACUGUAGAGAAGGACGCAAAGAUUUUUCUUCUUUUUGUGUAUGUGUAUGUUGUAUGUGUGUGGCUCAAGUUCCUACGGAGAGACAGACGCGAUAUCGCGCGAGAUUUGAUCCUUAAGUAAAAACAAAAUACAAAAGUGUAAAUAAGGGCGAGGACCGACGUAUUCAUCGAAACGAAAGAAUCGCGACGGGCACGCGUAAACGUGAUUCCGUAAAAUUAAGUACUAUACAAUUACAUUUACUUUGUCACGAAGUGUAAGCUUUAUCGUGCGUGUUAAACACCUGUUACAGUGUCGUAGUAGAGCCACAGAUAUAUAGAAUAACACUGCUUCAAACACGUCUCAGCAUAUUAAAAUAAAUAUCUUCUAUACUAUACUCGUAUGUUAUAACAUAAUACAUAUAUUAACAUGGAUGUAACAUUAUGGAACUCUAUUACAGCGCGGUGUAACGCAUGCUUACGCCACGUGCGUCCGUGUGCGCGUGCGUGCGACAUUUCCUUUCCUCCUUUAUUCAUUUCCUCUCCCUUUAAAUCUGUCAUUUGUAUCCCGUGUGAGCGAGUCGUGUUCCUACCUAAUAAUUAAGUUCGCAUCGCGCAAUUCGCUUAUGAUAAAUGUAUCUUUUUGUCUUCUUCUUCAUUGAAAGCAGAUUUCUAGAAGUUCAUGGAAGUCCCGCGUUCAUGUUAAUAAUGUCAAUGUGUUCGUCAACAUACAUCUCUCGAAUUUAGCUCGUAUUCUCUGAACUGUUUCCGUUUACGUGUCUGUAUAAUGCACGAGUCCUGCGUACGCCUUAUUGAAAUUCGUCGUCGCUGCUCAGCAACAUCGUUUUCUCGUUAUAGUUUUGCGAAAUCGUGGCGACACGCUGAUGAGAAGUGUUUCGCCUUUGCGGUGGUGGUACCGGCAUGUUUUGCGGAUCGUCCGGAUCGAAGCUGGAUACUCGCAUACCACGUUGUCCUUUCGGGCCCCCUAAUCGUUAUAUCAUGUUACAUAACAUUACAGCUAAUGGCGAGCAUACGCGCUACGGGCAAACGAUAAAAGAAAAGGCGUCGAUCGGCCAAUACAACGGCAUCGGCCGACCGUUUUGCGCGCGAGUGCAAACUGCACACAACUGUGAUCACUAAUUUACAAUAUUUCGUAUUGUGAGAUCCCGAUGAGAUAAGACUUGGAAAACGACACACGCUCGUCGGAAUGUCACACUCGCAUCUCAAACAUUCUUGCUCCGGAAUUACGCUCGCGGGAUUGCAAUCGGCAGUCAAAAUCGCAUCGACGGACAGCGAUGACGGGACGAGCCGCGGAAGAUUUGAGCGGAGCAACAAAGUUUAAUAUUUUUACGGCAUACAAGUGAUAUGCAAGUGCGAGAAAAAAAAAUGCGACUAUCAAUGCGACGUAGCCGUAAAACAAACGGCAUCAUGCAGAGAUUAUAGAAGUAGGAAAUAAAAUAACCGCAAGCAGAGCUAAGGUCGUGAUAAAACUUUGCCACAGUAAGUAUAUGCUGUACCGUUGGGAAAGAGGACACAAUAACAUUUGUGCUUACAUGCUCGAGUCGUUUCAUACCGUAUAUUCGCAUGCUACAUAACACCAUGAUGGGAUAUAAAAGCGAUAAAAUUAAUUUAACGCUCUUCCUCUCUCUCUCUCUUAUAAUAUCAAACUCAUAAGUGAGACUAUGAAAAGUGAAAAAUAAA